GGCUGAUUGAUACGUCUAAUCAUGUGUAGGGUUAUCAUCCCUGUAGAGCGUCUUCCGCAUUAAAGUGGAAGCUUCCCUCGAUUUUUUGGGGCAUAUAAAGAAAAGCAUAUCCCCCCAUUCUGAUCCAUCAUACGAAGCGCUCUUGCAACAACUAAGUAACACACACACAUUACAUCUUUAGAAUAUGUCUUCCAUAUCUCCUAAGUCUUCGAACAUGAAGGACGAGAAGGCAAACUUCACCGUUGUCAACGAAUACGGUGAAUCAUCAGCCGGGUUUGUUGAUGAUAUCGAGGUCCAGAAUGAGCCAGCAGAGGUUCAGUUGCACAAGGGUCUUAAGUCCCGUCAUAUUCAACUUAUUGCCCUUGGUGGUUGUAUCGGUACUGGUCUUUUCGUUGGUUCUGGUUCCGCUUUGGCCACCUGUGGUCCAGCUGGUUUGCUUACUGGUUAUUUGAUCUUGUCUACUGUUAUUUUCUUUGUCAUGAAUGUUCUUGGUGAGAUGGUUUGUUUCUUGCCUCAGAAAGGUGGUGCCGUGUCUGAUUUGGCUAAGAGAUACGUCGGUCCAUCCAUGGGUUUUGCUACUGGUUGGAUUUACUACUACACUUUUGUCAUCCUGGUGUGUACUGAGGUUACUGCUGCGGCCAUUGUCAUUGAAUACUGGACCAAAGACGUUCACAUUGCAGUUUGGAUUGUGAUCUUCUUGGCGGUCAUCAUUGGAUUGAAUUUCCUCGCUGUGCAGUACUAUGGUGAAUCUGAGUUUUGGUUUGCCUCUCUAAAGAUCUUCUGUAUUCUUGGGUUGAUUAUUGUUGGUAUCGUUAUCUUCUUCGGUGGUGGUCCAAAUCAGAAAGGUGUCUUGGGUUUCCAUUACUGGAAGGACCCAGGUGCAUUUUCUUACCACUUGCUCCCAGGUAACACUGGUAGAUUCUUGGACUGUUGGACUGGUGUCAUCAAGUCUGGUUUCGCUUUCAUUGUUGGUCCAGAAUUGGUUGCCGUUGCCACUGCUGAAACUCAGAGACCAAGAAGAAACAUUUCCAAGGCUGCUACUAGAUUCGUCUACAGAUUGAUGUUCUUCUACAUUGUUGGUUCCAUUGUCAUUGGUGUUAUUGUCCCAUACAACAAUCCAAACUUGCUUUCUGGUACUGGUAAUGCUACCGCUUCUCCUUUCGUCAUCGGUAUCCAACUUGUCGGUAUCAAAGUGCUCAACCACAUCAUCAACGCAUGUAUUUUGUCCUCUGCUUGGUCUUCUGGUAACUCCUUCUUCUACGCUGGUUCUCGUUUCCUUGCCAACAUGGGUAACGACGGUGACGCUCCAAAAUUCUUGUCCAAGACUAAUAAGUACGGUGUUCCAUAUUACGCAUGUGGUGUUACCACUGCCGUCUCUAUGCUUUCCUUCUUGAACGUGAGCUCUAGUGGUGCCAAUGUCUUUGCCUGGUUCUCUAACCUUUGUACCAUUUCUGGUUUCAUCGGAUGGAUCAUUUGUGGUAUCGCAUACCUCAGAUGGAGACAGGCUGUUAUCUAUAACGGUUUGUGGGACCGUGUUCCAUUCAAGACAAUCCUUCAACCAUAUGGUACUUACUACUUCAUCUUUGUCAUCACUUUGAUCUGUAUCACCAACGGUUACGCUGUUUUCUUUGACUUCAAUGGUGCAGACUUUGUCGCUGCCUACUUGACACUUCCAGUGUUCUUUGCAUUGUACUUCGGACACAAGAUCUGGUACAGAAACUGGAAAUGGGCAAUGCCAAUUGAAGAGAUUGACGUUAUCUCAGGCUUGGAUGACGCUGAAAGAAUCGAAGCAGAUUUUGAUGCAAAAGCUAAACCUAUCGUCAACCUCUGGGACAAGUUCUACGAUUGGUUGUUGUGAUUUGAGCUCUAUAAUAUAACUGGGGAGUUCUAAUAUUAAUAUUGUUUGGUUUCAUCGAAUAUGCCUCACUGUGCAGUGGGAGCAAACGUUUUAUAUCUGUUUUUCCUUUUAUAACUACAACUAGUUGAUCUAGUUGCGCAUUCAGAAUAGGAUAUAUUGAGUACAUUU